GAAGGAUGCGGACAGACUGACAGCGACUCUGUCAAAAUAUCCCCCCUCUUAUAGCCUGUAUUCUCAUCAAAUCGACAAUCAGCAGCUCCGCGUUGAGCCGUUACCAAAGGCACGAGGGAAUGUAGAUUUUAAUAGGAAAUUUUAACCGACAUUAAGUAGGGUAGACUGCAGUAAGAAAUCGUUCGGCUGAGUGAAAUUGUGUCGGAGCCUGUGUGGCUGCUCAGCUCUUGACCCUCCGUUGUUUAGGCUUGAGUGAGUCAGUAUAGUCCAGGCCAGAGGAACAUAGUUCAAACCAGUCAUUACGGUGGUAAGAACAAGAAUGAGAAAAAGAAACGGUUAUGCUUAGUUAGGGUGCAGAAUCCACAGUGUUUACACUAAACGACCCCGCAAACACUGUGGAAUUAGGUGAACUUGUGCAGAGUUGGAUGUUACUGAUUGGAAAACGAUACUAAGCACGGUCACAACAUGGAUUGUUUUCCCUCUGUGAUUUUACAUUAUAUGGUAUAAGAAGAACGGAGCAAAAGCAUGUCUCGGACUCAUCUCUGGUCUGUACAGUAACACAGCACUGGGCAGAUAUGUGGUUUACUGUAUCAAGCCUGUUCUGAGAGCCAUUAUUUCAGGAAUUCUGCCGUUUCUUUCAAGAUGGCCAGAACAAGAAGGAAACAUCAGACUGACAGAACGGAGGUCAGCUGUUGUAUAAAAUACCUGGUCUUUGGAUUUAAUGUAUUUUUCUGGAUCUUGGGUGGAGCGAUAUGUGGGAUAGGAUUAUGGGCCUGGACAGAGAAAGACACAUUCACCAACCUGAGCAAAAUUACAGCUUUGGCCUUUGACCCAGCCCUCAUCUUCAUCCUGGCUGGAGGCUGCAUGUGUAUCAUAGGAUUCUGUGGCUGUGUUGGUGCUCUUCGGGAAAAUACUUGUAUGCUCGCUUUUUUUGCUACCACUGUGGCUAUAUUCUUGAUCACAGAAUUGAUCCUGGGCAUUUUAGCAUUCGUCUACAAAGACUGGCUGAAGAAAACAAUAGAAGAUGGGGUUCAAAAGAUGAUUGUGAACUACCGAGAUGACCCUGAUCUGCAGAACCUAAUAGACUGGGUGCAGGCAGACUGGCUGAAGUGUUGUGGUCAGCUGUCCUACAAAGAUUGGGAGUCAAACAUAUACUUUAACUGCUCUUCCCCUGGAAGUGAAGCCUGUGGAGUGCCUUUUUCUUGCUGUAAACGUACAAAUGAUGUUAUACAAAACAGACAGUGUGGUUAUGACAUCAUGUUAUCUAGUCACGAUAAAGACCGAGACUCUGUGAUAUACACUACAGGAUGUAUCCCCACUGGGGAGAAGUGGCUCAAUGAUAAUCUCAUUCCAGUAGCUGGGGUGUUUGUGGGGGUGGCAGUAUUACAGAUUUUGGGAAUUUGUUUCCCUUACAAUUUACGCUCUGAUAUUUUAGCUCAACGUGAGAAAUGGAGUUACCAGAAUUAAGGACAAAAGCUCUCUGUGUGUCUCCUUGACAUAAUGUGUACACAUGUUGAUAGUGUUAUGUACAAUUUGUAAUUUUGUGCAGAAGUCUAGAGUAAAACACUCCUGGAGUGUACCUGUGUGCAGACCUCUGGAGUGUUCUUGUAUGUAAACCGCUGGAGUGUACCUGUGUGCUGACCUCUUGGGUCUACCUGUUUCUGAGUGCAGACCUCUGUUGUCUACUUGUGUGAAGGCCUCUGGAGUGUACCUGGGUGAAGACCUCUGGUGCCUACUUUUGUGAAGGCCUCUGGAGUGUACCUGUGUGCAGACCUCUGGUGUUUACUUGUGUUAAGGCCUCUGGAGAGUACUUUUCUUGAGAACUCUGGAGUGUACAUGAAUGCCGAUCUCUGGUGUGCGCUUGGGUGUAUACCUCUGAAGUGGACCUGUGUGCAGACCUUCGGAGUGUAAUUAUGUGCUGAGCUCUUAACCUAUGGAGUGUAAUUAUGUAUAGGCCUUUACAGUGCGGACUGGGGGUGUGGACUGUGGGUGUUAUCAGUCAAGUGAACAUGUCUGUACAAUACUUACCUGCAGGCAGUGCUUGUUGUCAUCAGUCAGCAGCACAGCACUUACCUGCAAAGCGUGGGUGUUGUCAUCAGUCAUCAGCACAGUAUUUGCCUGCAGGCGGUGGGUGUCAUCAUCAGUCAUCAACACAGUACUUACCUGCAGGCGGUGGGUGUCAUCAUCAGUCAUCAACACAGUACUUACCUGCAGGCUGUGGGUGUUAUCAUGAGUUAUCAACACAGUACUUACCUGCAGGCGGUGGGUGUUAUCAUCAGUUAUCAGCACAGUACUUACCUGCAGGCGGUGGAUGUUAUCAUCAGUCAUCAACACAGUACUUACCUGCAGGCAGUGGGUGUUAUCAUCAGUCGUCAACACGGCACUUACCUGCAGGCAGUGGGUGUUAUCGUCAGUCGUCAACACAGUAUUUACCUGCAGGCAGUAGGUGUUGUCAUCAGUUGUCAACACAGUACUUACCAGCAGGCGGUGGGUGUUAUCAUCAGUUGUCAACACAGUACUUACCUGCAGGUGGUGUGUGUUACCAUGAGUCAUCAACACAGUACUUACCUGCAGGCAGUAGGUGUUAUCAGUCAAAUGAACCACACUGUCUCACAGAACCAAAACAGUCCAUGAGCUGGAUCUCAACUGCUGACACAUUUCGUCCAACUGGUGUGACAUUUUUAUUGACUUUAGAAACAAUUGGAGCAAAUGACAGCCAUUCAGAAAAUCUGUGCUCAGAUUGGGCAUUAUUUCCAGGUCAUGAGGCUGUCAUUCCUCUUGGUUUCGUGGUUAGCCAAAGGGAGGCAACUCAUCGGGGGAUUAUAAUAAAUACAAAAGUAACAGCUGUAAUUGUGUUGAAUGCUUUACUUUAAAAAAUACGUGCCAUUACGUUGAGCUGGAGUUACAUGUAUAUUAGGAAAGUAAAAUCAAAAACUUUCUAUGAUGAUCUAAGAUUCUAUGAUGACUAUAUUUGCUAGUGAAAAAGUUGCGAGUUGUUCGUGUAGUACACCAUCCUCAUAAGAUAUGAAUAUGAGCUGAACUGUAAAGGUGCAUUGCUUUUUAUUCAUUUUCUAGUCUUUUUACAUGUGUUAUAAGCAAGGAUAAAGUCAUGUAAUAUGUUUUAUCUUUUUUGUACUGGAAAACAUUUUGUGUGUAUAUACAUAUAGAUUGUAACCAGGCUUUGGGUGCAGUUGGAGAGAGUUGUGAUAUUUUACAGUGUUUGAAUAUUUGUUUUGUAGAAUGGUUGUUAUUUAAUAAUUUUAGUGUGGUGCAGUUUUAGUCUAAUUGCUAUUUGAUUGUCAGUAUGUUAUGACUGUGGCAUCAGAAUGAUCUGUAUGUCUCCGCUGUUACCUAUGCCCAGCAGUCAUAAUGGGUGAACAUUUGUUUUCAUCAGAGAAGUGUUUCUUUUUUUCUGUGCCAUGCAGUGACCAAAGUCUAUAAAUCAAAGUUUCUCUAGUCUUGCUGUGUUAUACCUUGUGUGCCAUUUGUCAGAUAACCUUGACCUUUUUGCCUUUCUUGGAAAGUCUAUUUUUACCUUAUUGUAAGCAUAUCGAUGGUGUUGUCAUCACUGUCUGGUUUUGUUGUCUUCUACAGCCAUUGUACAUGUGGGUUGGUAGGCUAAGCUGUCUUCUAUGUGCAGGUCGUGCUGUGCUUUUCAAUACAUUGUGAGGUGUA